UUAACAGCUGUUUAGAGUGAAUUAUUCUGGUGCUGGUUCAGUUUGUAGGGUUGACGGCGGUGAAAGACACCAAGUCCGAACUCUUGCGGCGGAAGCGGUGGAUCUACCUCCAUUCUCAUCCCAUGAACACCAUUCUCCGCCACCGCCUCAGGCUAAGUCCGACACCUAUUCUCUAUUGCUUCCCCAAAUUCCUUUUUUCCCAACCCUUUCACUUUUUCUCAACAACCACUUCUGAGCCCUGCGCCUUCACCUUAUCCUAUCUCAGCAACACCUGCGGCUUCUCGCACGACGUCGCACUGAAACUAUCUAAACGACUUCGUUUCGAAACCGCAGAAAAACCCGAUUCCGUCUUCUCUUUCUUCCGAACCCACGGUUUCUCCACCUCCCAGAUCUGCCGCAUCUUCUACCAAGCCCCAGAGCUCUUGGUAUGCGACCCCACCAAAAGGCUUCUCCCCAAAUUCCAAUUCUUUGCCUCUAAAGGCGCUUCGCCCUCCGACACCAUUCUCAUCGUCUCCAAGACCGCCCGUGUCCUUCGUUACGGUCUCAACAGCCAUAUCAUUCCCAUCUUUGAACUGAUCCGAACGUUCUUGCCCUCCGACCUAAAAGCCCUCGCUGUUUUCAUCGCCUGUCCCAAUUUCAUCGGAGACGGUCGUGUUGCCUCCAACGUUCAGUUGUUGCUCGACACCGGAGUAACGCACACCGGAAUUCGCUACUUGCUCUGCUCUCGGCCUUCGGUUCUGUGCUCCGACCUGAGACCCGCUAUUGAGGAAGUGAAGUUGUUGGGGUUUGAGCCUUUGAAGCUGAGCUUCACUCUGGCCAUUCUGGCUAAAAGGGCUGUUUCGAAGCCUCUUUGGGAUGCCAAAGUCGACGUCUUGAAGAAAUGGGGUUGGUCCGAGGAUGAUAUUUGUGUUGCUUUUAGGAACCAGCCUAAUAUUAUGCUGCGUUCCAAGGAAAAACUUAAUGCAGUGAUGGGGUUUUGGGUUGGUAAGCUUGGUUGGGAUCACUCCGUGCUUAUUUCGUCCCCAACGUUGUUUUCGUACAGUUUGGAGAAAAGGGUUGCACCGAGGGCUUUGGUUGUGCAGUAUCUUCUCUCCAAAGGAUUGGUGAAGAAAAGUGCUAGCUUGGCCACACCUUUUGUUUUGUCUGAUGAACGGUUUCUGCAAAAGUACGUGAAACGUUUCGAGGAGAAAACGCCCAGGUUACUAGAGUUAUAUCAAGCGGCACAGGGAACAUGCUAGCAUCUGGUUGUUGACAUUUAACUCAUGGAUACAUACGGACUUUGGUGUAGUUCAUCUCUAACCAGUAUGUCUCAUUAGACUUUUGUGACGUUUUUGUCUUUGUAGUAAGUACAUUUUUAAAUUAAGUUACAGUUGUGAUUUAUGGCAGUAGUCUAAUAUUUUAUAACUGGUUGAUCAGGAAAGAAAGUUGCCUUUGUAGAAAAGCUUUGCAAGUAAUAUUGAUAUUGAUUCUCAUUGUCCCUUCUUUUUAGUUUGUUUCA